AUGCAUACGAGGUUGUUAGAUUAUCACGUUAUUUUAUUAACAGUGACUUUGUUAUGGAGUGUAACCGAGACAAUUGCGACUCCCCAGAAGAUUCAAAGGAGGUUCACAUUGGAGGAGUUAAUACCUUUGCAACAUGAUUUCUUUCCCGAAAGAGUAGCGGUUGAGUGGAUUUCAGAUUCGGAGUAUAUUAUUGUUGAGCCCGGUGCAAUUAAUAAAUACGACGUCAUCAAUGACAGUUAUGUUACGAUUUUGGAUCAAUCAGAAUUACUUAACUUGAGCCGCUUUGCAGUCGCUUCCUUCUCAGAUGACCAAAAAUACUUACUGCUAACUACAAAUAGGAAAAAGGUGUAUCGAUAUUCAAGUUUGGCGGAAUAUUCGGUGUAUAACCUUGAAAAUAAGUCAAUCGCUCACAUAGGCAAUGGUUCCUUACAAGUUGUGGUGUGGGGCAACGGUCACGCGCUGGCAUAUGUUCAAAAUAACAAUGUGUAUUACGUGCCUGAUGUCGCAAAACCUUAUGAAGUAAUGGCACUCACUAUUGACGGAGUACCGGGUAAUAUUUAUCAUGGCGUCUCAGAUUGGAUUUAUGAAGAGGAAGUGUUUAAUUCCGCUGAAGCAAUGUGGUUUUCGCCAAAGGGAAGUUAUUUGGCCGUGGCUUCGUUCAACGACACUGAAGUAGAAUCGGCUGUUUAUCCUUAUUACGGAGAGCCUUCUGAAUUCGACAACCAAUACCCUCUGAUGGUUCACUUCAAAUAUCCCAAGGCAGGUCGUACCAACCCAGUUGUCCAACUACAGGUUUUCAAAUUAAUUGAAUCAAAGAUUGCGUCGAUGAUAAUACUAGCACCGGUUGAUAUUGUUGGAUUGGAUCACAUUUUAGGAAGAGUAAACUGGGCUACAGAUAAUAACUUAAUUGUGCUAUGGUUAAAUAGAAGACAGAAUAUAAGCGUAUUAGUUAACUGUGAUUUAAAACAAAAUAAAUGUAAUAUAAUGAAGCAUGAGACUGAACCAAAUGGGUGGAUUGAUAUCCGUCAACCAUUCUUUGACAAAACUGGAACGAAAAUUCUGGAAAUACAGCCGUUGCCCUACGGAGAACAAAGAUUCAUGCAUCUGGGUCGUUUUGAUUUUAAUACAAUGGAAACUGAAGACUUGACUCCAGGAAAUUCAACGGUUACUGAGAUACUAGGGUGGAACCUAGAUACGGAUACUGUAUAUUAUAUUGUAUCUCCAGGAACAGAACCAUGGAAGAGACAAUUAUGGGCUACUUCUCAUGGAAAUGCAAAAUGUAUUACUUGUAAUAAACCAAAUUGUCACCAAGCUGAUGGAAUGUUUUCAACGAGUGGCAGUUAUGCUAUUAUUUCAUGUAGCGCUAUUAAUGUGCCCGCCAUAACGUAUUUUUAUAUGAGUCAGAAAGAUACCUUUAAAACGUUAACAGAAAAUAAGAGAUUGGCUCAGAAAUUAAAACAGUACAAGUUACCCAUGGCUCUGUUCAACAUGAUUCCAUUAGAAGAUGAUUUAAAGUCAAACGUCAAACUACUUUUGCCGCCAGACAUGGAAACAGGAAAGAAGUAUCCCAUGGUUGUUAGAUUGUAUGCUGGGCCUGGGACUUCUAGAGUUCUAGAUAGUUAUGAUUUGGAAUAUUACAAUAUGUACUUAAGCAGCAAUCGAAGUUACAUAAUAGCGUCUAUUGACGUGCGGGGCUCGGGAGUGAUGGGCGUCGAAGCGAUGCACGCCGUCAACGACGCUCUGGGGACAGUGGAGAUCACUGAUACCUUAGACGUGAUAAGGCGUUUAGAGAAAAUGUACUCGUUCAUCGAUCCUUAUCGUAUCGGUGUUUGGGGCUGGAGCUACGGUGGAUAUGCGAGCACCAUGAUGUUGAUUAAAGAUGAGGAGCAGACUAUCUCAUGCGCCGCUGCAGUCGCACCCGUCACCUCCUGGCUCUACUACGAUUCAAUUUACACGGAGCGGUACAUGGACACGCCACAAAACAAUCCAGAAGGUUACGAGAACUCGGAUUUAAUGAAAGUAGCGGAGAAGUUGCGCGGGCGCCGGUAUCUGAUCGUGCACGGCACUGGCGACGACAACGUACACUUCCAACACAGCAUGCAAUUGGCUAAGAAAUUGCAGAGAGCCGAUAUAUCUUUUGAACAAAUGAGUUACACUGACGAGAAUCAUUCCUUGCGGGGCGUGAGUCGACACUUCUAUCACACGUUAGACCACUUCUGGACGGAGUGUUUUGGAUAAUUACUAAAAGUAUUACUUAAUGUACAAGUUAAGACUGUGAUUACUGACUAUUAUAGUUUGUGACUCAAUGAAAUUAUUUAUUGUAUAGCGACAUCCAUAUUAGAUAUAUUGAUAUACCAACUGUACAUUCUUAAAACUAUUUAUAAAUUAUUCACUUAAAACAUUAAAAAUAAAUAAUAAUUUUGUGAAUGUAUGUAUAUCGGAGAUACCUAUUUGUUUAUGGUGAAUUUUAAUAAAUA